UGUCGCCCGCGGAGGCGCCCUAUGUUUAUGUCACAACCUCUCCCCUGGGUCCCAACAGCAAGAUGGCGGCGGCCGUAGCCUUAGCGGGGCUGAGGAGGCGGCCGGGCGGCGUGUGGGGCGCGGGGGCCCGGCGGCUGCUGCAGGUGACUGCCCGGCAGAGCCACCCCCAGUAUCCCGGGAUCGUGGAAUCUACUGAAGAAUAUAAAUUUGUGGAGAGACUCAUUCCACCCACCAGAAUUCCUGCUCCCCCCAAACACGCCCAGUACCCCACCCCGUCUGGCUGGAGAGCCCCCUCAGAUACUCCACCUGCCCUUCCUUACUUUGUGAGACGGUCCCGUAUGCACAACGUUCCAGUCUAUAAGGACAUCACCAGUGGCAAUAGGAGGAUGACUGUUAUCAGGAAAAUCGAAGGAGAUAUCUGGGCCCUGGAAGAGGAAGUUAAGGAGUUCCUCACUCAGCUUGCUGGGAAACCACCACCUAUUCAAGUCAAUGAAAUCACUGGCAGCAUCCGUAUCAAGGGCUAUUUUGAUGAUGAACUGAAAGAGUGGUUGUUGAACAAGGGGUUUUAAAUAAACCAACUAUCCUGUUUUCUUUGUGCUGAUGGAUGCUAUCUGUCCUCUUCUGAGGAGGAUGUGUUUUCUCGCUCAGAGCUAUCCUAGACCCAGAUGAAGCAGUCUUAUUUUUUAUGCAACAGCAGCAAGGGACCACAGGGUCACAACAAGGUUCCAGUAACCUCCAUAUUACACCCCAUCCAGAGAAGGGAGAAGUGUCCAUGUAAUGUCCUAUUAGCACAAUGCUUUUUGCCAAGAGAGGGAGCUGUACUAUGACAUCCAUGUGAAAGUGAACAAAACUCCAUCCUCUGCUACGCUGAAGAACAAUGUCUGAUUAAUUGCACAUUUAUUUAUACCACAUGAAAUGUACAGGAAAAGUUUACAAAAUGACCCUUCCCUGGGUGACUGUUGCAAUAAAGUUAAUUAAAAAAACAAAAACAAAA